CAUCCAAUCAGAGGGAAGAGGAUCUGAGCCAGUCAGAGGGAGAUGGGCCUCAGGGAGUAAGAAUAGAAGAAGAGGACCUGAGCUGGUCGAAAAGAUGGGUCUUAACCAGUUGAAUGGAAGAGGGCCCCAGUCUGAGGGAGGAGGGUCCAAGCCUGUUCUAGGGAGGGAGGAGGAGGCCAGGCCCACCCAGGGGCCCCUGGAGGACUUGUUUCCCUUGUGGUUUUUUGCACUUCCUGUUCCCCUGCUCACUGCGGAAGUUCCUCUUCUUACCCUGCACCCAGAGCCUAGCCGGAGAGGACAAGGGCAGGAGGCACCAUGAGUGGGGGCCCUGUGGGAGGCAGGUCUGGGGUUCGCGGAGGACCAGGGGUUCAGCAGAACGUACCCUCCACGCUCCUCCAGGACCACGAGAACCAGCGACUCUUCGAGAUGCUGGGUCGGAAAUGCUGGACACUGGCCACCGCCGUUGUUCAGCUCUACCUGGCACUGCCUCCCGGAGCAGAGCACUGGACCAAGGAGCAUUGUGGGGCUGUGUGCUUCGUGAAGGAUAACCCCCAGAAGUCCUACUUCAUCCGUCUUUACGGCCUUCAGGCUGGCCAGCUGCUCUGGGAACAGGAACUGUACUCACAGUUGGUCUACUCCACUCCCACCCCCUACUUCCACACUUUUGCUGGAGAUGACUGCCAAGCAGGGCUGAACUUUGCAGACGAGGGCGAGGCCCAGGCCUUCCGGGCCCUGGUGCAGGAGAAGAUACAAAAAAGGAAUCAGAGGCAAAGUGGAGAUAGACGCCAGCUACCCCCACCACCAGCACCAGCCAAUGAAGAGAGAAGAGGGCCCCCACCCCUGCCUCCGCACCCAGGUGGAGACCAAGGGGGCCCAGCAGCUGGCCCCCUGUCCCUGGGGCUAGUAACAGUGGACAUCCAAAACCCGGACAUUACAAGUUCACGAUACCGUGGGCUCCCAGCACCUGGGCCUGGCCCAGCUGAUAAGAAACGCUCAGGGAAGAAAAAGAUCAGCAAAGCUGAUAUUGGUGCACCCAGUGGAUUCAAACAUGUCAGCCACGUGGGGUGGGACCCCCAGAAUGGAUUUGACGUAAACAACCUGGACCCGGAUCUGCGGAGUCUGUUCUCCAGGGCAGGAAUCAGUGAGGCCCAGCUCACAGAUGCCGAGACCUCCAAGCUUAUCUAUGAUUUCAUUGAGGACCAGGGUGGGCUGGAGGCUGUGCGGCAGGAGAUGAGGCGCCAGGAGCCACUUCCACCGCCCCCACCGCCAUCCCGAGGAGGAAACCAGCCCCCCCGGCCCCCUACUAUUGGGAGCAACAAGGGUCGUUCUGGUCCACUGCCCCCUGUACCUUUGGGAGGUGCUCCACCCCCUCCAACUCCCCGGGGACCCCCACCCCCAGGCCGAGGGGGCCCUCCACCACCACCCCCUCCAGCCACUGGACGUUCUGGACCACCGCCCCCUCCGCCCUCUGGACCUGGAGGGACUCCUGUGCCUCCACCACCACCACCACCACCACCACCACCACCCAGCUCUGAUGAUGGGCCAGUCCCUCCCCCUCCUCCUGCUCUGGGGCCUGUGGGGGGCCUGGCCCCCAGUGGAGGUCGGGGGGCACUUUUGGAUCAAAUCCGGCAGGGAAUUCAGCUGAACAAGACCCCUGGGGCCCCAGAGAGCUCAGCGCUGCAGCCUCCACCUCCGAGAUCGGAAGGGUUGGUGGGAGCCCUGAUGCACGUGAUGCAGAAGAGAAGCAGAGCCAUCCACUCCUCAGACGAAGGGGAGGACCAGGCCGGUGAUGAGGAUGAGGACGAUGAGUGGGAUGACUGAGUCACCCUGCCCACCUGUUCUGCGCCUCCUCCCCUGGCAGCCGCUGUUUCCUGCCCUCCACUCCUGGCCUCCAGGCCCUCAAGCCCCAUUUCUCCCCCACCAACCCUUCCAAUGCUGUCAUCUCUGACUGAUCCCCAACAUUCACCCUAGCAAAUUGCCAGGGCCCCUUUUUAUAUAAAAUUUCUAGUUCUCCUCACAUAAGGAUUUUUAAACAGAAAUAAAAUAACUGUCUUUUUGUUUCUCUCAA